AAUCGCAGUCUAGAAUACAGCUCACAGCGAGGGCUCUGGGCAGUGGGUUCUGGAGCCUGGCCCUGGGCUACUUUUUCUUAAUUCAUAUUAACUCCCCUCCCCUCUCUCUGGCGCAAAGAAUUCCCUGAAAGCGAAACCCCACCCACAAUCCCGUCGGUUAUUUGUUUUUGAGUAAAUUUCCGGUCAGGUUUAUGUCCAAAAACCUAACCAGCGCAGAAGAAGAACGCUGGCGACAGGCAGAUAGAUCGAAUCGAACUUUAACAGUUUCCUCAAUCUCUUUACUAUCGCUUGUCAAAUGGCUUCCACGGAAGGUCUGGUUCCCAUAACUAGGGCAUUUCUGGCUUCUUACUACGACAAGUAUCACUUCCCUCCCCUAUCCGACGAUGUUACUCGUCUUUCGACUCAAAUUCGUUUAAUGACGAACGAUUUGUCAAAGGACAUUCCCCUGACAGAAGGAGAAAGUUUGUUGGUGCAUGAAGCAGAACGCCAACCUCCCCACAAAAUUGAUGAAAACAUGUGGAAGAACCGUGAACAAAUUGAAGAAAUUAUUUUCCUGGUAGACAACUCUCAUUGGCCAAAAGUGCUUCAACAGCAAUCAAGUAGUGAAGAUGUGGAGCUUGCUUCUGUUUUUGGGCAGUUAAAAGACAAGUUUCAGAACACUUUGAAGUUGUUAGAGUUUUUUCAAUCCAGGAAUUCAGAAUAUAUAUUCAACACGGUAAUGACUUACAUGCCGCAAGAUUUUCGAGGGACAUUGAUUAGACAACAAAGAGAGCGUUCGGAGAGGAAUAAACAAGCUGAAGUUGAUGCACUAGUUAGUUCAGGUGGAAGUAUACAAGACCGAUAUGCUCUGCUAUGGAAACAACAAAUGGAGAGGAGGAGACAGUUAGCUGAGCUUGGUUCUGCUACAGGUGUAUAUAAGACACUUGUGAAGUAUUUGGUGGGAGUACCACAGGUUCUACUGGAUUUCAUUCGACAAAUUAAUGAUGAUGAAGGGCCCAUGGAAGAGCAACGACAACGCUAUGGACCUCCUUUGUACAGUCUUACAACAAUGGUUCUUAAAAUCAGAGUUUUCCUUUCUCUUUUGUUGGGGCGACUUGAAGCUGGAAAACCACAGCAACAUCAAAUAGCGGUUUUGUUGGAAGCAGUUGACAUAUAUACCUGUGAAUUUGAAAGAUUCGUCAAAUUUAUCAGUGAGGUGCUUUCAAAUUCUCCAUUCUUCAUUACAGCAGAGGUUGCUGGUGCUGUGGAAGGAAGGAAAAAUGAAGACUUCAAAGAAAUAAGCAUUCCUGCUGGGAAAACUCAUGAGGUUUCGUUAACUGUGGAAUCUAUAAACUCAUAUAUUGCCUGGGAUUUCUGCUUGUUACAAGGGAAGAUGAACAUGGAUAUUGGAUUUAGCUUGGAGUACAUGGAUUCUUUGGGGCAGAAAACAGUAGGUUCCCUUCAAGAAACUCUUAUCCUGCCUUAUAGGCGCUAUGAAUCCGACCAAGGCAACUUUUGUGCAUGCAUGGCUGGAAAUUACAGACUCAUUUGGGACAAUUCAUAUUCGGCUUUUUUUAAAAAGGUCUUGCGUUACAAGGUAGACUGCAUACCUCCAGUUGCGGAGCCAGUGGAUGCAGCAGUCGAGGGAGAAGAGGAAAAAAUCCAUGUGUCACUGUAACAUUCAUUUGUAUUGGUUACGUUGUUAAUUUUCCUUUCAUCUCAUGGGUUUGAUGAUCUCCCCGCAGUUUACUGUUAGACUUGCCAGAGUGAUGAAGAUUUUCACCUGCGUAUAAAAAGAGAAAAGAAUCUUGUAUUGAUGGCUGUAUAUUGUAGUAACCGAACUAAAAAGAUUUUAACGCAAACAGGUCUACCAUCGAUGGCAGUUAGAAUAAGGUGUGAAGUCUCUCUCUCUCUCUCUCAUUUGGGAGUAGCCGAUUUUGAUGUUGGUUGCUGAUUACUUGGUGAUUGGCAACAGGGGAGGUGGGGCGCAGUGAUCCAGGUGGUUUUGAUAGUGGGUUCCAUUAGUUGUAUGUAUGUUUGAUUGGUAGGGACGGUGGUGGAACCAACCUGUUAUUUGUAUUAAGGUGUGUUGGUCCUUUGAUCACUUCACCCUGUUUUAUUAAAAUUAUCAGCUCAUUCACAGUU